ACGAUCAAGACCGCGUCCGUUUCGUUAUAGACUCAUUUUUUAAAUAUAUUUUUGUUAAAAGACGAGUUGAAACUCGUCGACGGCCAUUCUUCUGCAGUCUGCACACACGGAUGAAGAGAGUUGAUAAAGAUAUUUAUUAUACAAUUAUUGCAAAAAACAAUCAAUAUCUACAUAAUAUGUUGAUGUGAUGGAAACUGAAACAAUAGUUAUGAGUAGUAGAAGACGAAUGGUGCUUAAACCACUUUCUGCUCCAGGAGCAACUUUACAAUGUAAAGAAAAGAAUUCCUCCAAUGAUACAAAUGAACAUGUUAUGAUUCAACCACCUGCCGCACUCAUUUCUCCAAAAAAUGACAGAAAAAAAAUUUUGUUUCAAGACACAAUUGUUCCUGAAAUAAUACCUAUAGUACAGCGUAGUAAGGUCUUAUUAUCAUGCACAAUUAACAGUGAUUUAUCAGAUUCUGAUGAUUCUGAUUCUGACAAUUCUACAAUAAACGAUGAGCCUUCCAAUAAAUCACCAAAGAGCAAUAGAAAACUAUAUUAUUUUAUCAUUAUGUUUUUAUGUUGGGCUGCAAUUCAAUACUGGAUGAUUGCUGUAGUUGGUUUUGGAGCAGUAUUUUUUGCUAUCUCUGCUCUUAUUGCUAUGUAUUAUAACACUUCAAACUCAGAAAAAAAACACAAUGCUUUAAGUGCAUACUCUGUAUUUAAUCCUCAAUGUACACCUAUUCAGGGAUCUGUAGAUCCAAAACAAUUGGAACGUGAGCUGCUAUUUGGUUAAUUAUGAUGUUAAAUCAAUAAAUAUAAAAUUAUACUUCUUUCAA